AUGUCCAAAGACCCAAAAAGACCGAACAUCGUGCUUAUUCUUGCGGAUAACCUUGGAUUUGGUGAGCUUGGAUGCUACGGAGGAGGAGUGCUGAGAGGUGCUCCAACCCCAAAUAUUGAUCAUCUGGCGACGCAGGGUCUCUUGUGUACGAAUUUCAAUGUGGAAAGUGACUGUGUGCCGACCAGGUCUGCCCUGAUGUCUGGAAGACACCCGAUCAGAACCGGUUGCAGACAGUCUGUGCCAGCUGGAUUCCCACAGGGGCUCCAACGCUGGGAAAAGACUCUGCCAGAAAUCCUCGCUCAGGGAGGCUACAAAUCUGCCCAUCACGGGAAGUGGCACUUGGGUGAUGUGCCAGGUAGAUAUCCAUCCGAUCGUGGAUUUGACGAGUGGUAUGGAAUACCAAGAACGACCGAUGAAACGCAGUUCACAAGCUCUGUUGGGUUUGAUCCAAGCGUGUGCACUACGCCAUAUGUCAUGGAGGGAAGAGCUGGUGAGGAGUCCAAGGAGGUUUGUGUCUACGAUCUGGAGGAGAGAAGAGUGAUUGACGAGAAGCUUGUCAACAAAAGUAUUGAUUUUAUGACUAGAAUGAAAGACCAAGAACAGCCUUUCUUCCUCUACCACCCGCUUGUUCACCUGCAUUUCCCUACUCUGCCCCACAAGGACUUUGCUGGUAUCACCAAUAAUGGCGACUUUGCCGACUCUAUGGUGGAGAUGGACCACCGUGUUGGCCAAUUGGUCAAAUUUAUUGACGAUUCUGGUUUGGGUGAAAACACGUUCCUUAUAUUUGCCUCGGACAAUGGCCCAGAGUUUCGUCCUCCUUACAGAGGUACUGCUGGAUUCUAUCGCGGAACGUACCACACGGCAAUGGAGGGCAGUCUUAGAGUUCCAUGCAUUUUCAGGUGGCCUGGAAAGAUUCCAGAAAACGUCCGCACUAACGAAAUUAUACAUGUGACAGACCUUUUCUCCACAAUUAUUGGCAUUGGUGGACAGAAAGUGCCUGAUGAUAGACCAAUCGAUGGUGUGGACCAGAUAGAAUUCUUGCUCAACCCGGUCGGCCAGAAGUCUAAAAGAGAAGGGUUUUUGUUUUACAUCAAGGAAGACUUGAAGGCUAUCAAGUGGAGAGACUGGAAACUUCAUCUCUGGUGGGAGCCAGAAGUGAACGAAGGCAAAGGCAAAUUGGAGUCCCCAUACUUGUUCAACAUUAUGCGUGAUCCAAAAGAGGAGACAGAUGUGCUUCCAUACAACACUUGGGUUUUGCAACCGCUUUUCAAGUUGAGGGAUGACUUCCUCAAGUCGAUGAAACAAUUCCCUGCUCCACCGGACCCAAUGAAAGAGUUAUAA